GUUUAUUGUGCGCAGUUUUUUUUGCAGCCUUUUGCUUUCGUUUGUAAACUUUAUGGGUGAAGAAAAAACAUCAGCAUCAGAGUAGAAUCUGUACAACUAACGAAGCAGGCUUCGAUUUCAAUUCAACAAUUUCGUCAAAACUAGCAGAAUUAUGUCGCACAAGGACAGCGAUGGGCCCAAGGCAUUUCUAAUUUGGAACCGUCAUCAUAAGGCCCCGACAACAGUUGGCAAGGAAUCACCGUUAAUUGAAGGCCUUGCGCGGCUGAAUUUUGUGUACGGAUCUGAAGUGGCGGAUUAUUCCCCUCUGAUGGCAGGCGACUUCAUUCCGAGCAGUCAGGCAUCGGCAGAACUCGAUGAGUUGGGCGAAAAGGAUUGUGCCAUUUCAAUGCCGAAUGUUCCGAUCUACAACAUCGUACAGAACAAAAUGAAUCUUUGCGAGAAACGUGGUCCGAAAUUCGCUUGCCUGGAAUGUCGCUAUCUGUUGCACACUCGUCUCAGUAUGGUCACACACAUGAAGACUCAUCGCAGACCAUUUUGUGAAGUUUGCUUCAAUAUGUUUGAUUCUAAGGAAGCCGUGCAUUGCCACAUCGAAUCUCUUCACCCGGAAGUAGUCAUACGUGAAAGUUCUCCAUCGGCUUCUCAAAAUUACUAUUGUUUGCAAACGGUUGCUCCACCAAAUACCCCAAAUCCGAUGUCUGAUGAUGAAAUGGCCACGAUUGAAGAGCUACUUAACCCUAUCGUUAAGGUACCAGUCAAUGUCGCUGCAGUACAAAAGUUGUUGUGCGCCGACGAUACGGAUGGUGGCGCUAGCACCGAAGACGAGCAUAGGCUGGUAAUCGAUAAUCAUUUGGUAGCUGGUUCAAGCCGUGGACGUCCCAAGGCAAGAACCAUCAUUAAGCGUCCCAAAAAGAAGAAGAUCAACAAAAUUAAUGCUAAGGAUGUUAAGGCAGCUGAGGAUACUGUGAUGAAGAAAAUCACAUCGCGCUUUGGUCGCUCAAUAAGUUUGAAAAUACCACAGUACUAGAAGAGAAGAUAAUGUUAUUUAGUAUAAUUUGCUUAUCUGAAUUAUGUUAAUUGACAUCUUUAUGUUAUGUUUUACAUCUUUGUUACGUAAUGAAUUAAACAACCUGAAUUUGAAGAAGGUUCGACAUAUA